GAUAGGAAAAUACAGAACCCAAAAUGGUCAUUAGAUGAAAGUUUUACUUUUAGGGAUUAAUGAUUCCUUAAGUUAGUGGAAAUUUUGUUAUUGGUUAACUGAGCUUGAAAUGGAAGUACGAAAGUCAAAACUCAAAGCAAUAAUUUUAAGAGAUCAUCUGAAUUUGAAUGAAAUACGAAAGUUGGCUCUAUGAUUCUCAUUACCGCCGCUCGAGUUUUGAAUGCUAUGAAUCGCCGAAUGUACCCUACCAGAUCGUCUUCGUCUGCCAAAUCCAUCUCCGCCGAAUCCCUAAAUCUUCGUUCCGAUUCCAAUUCAGCAGUAUCUCUAAGGAAGAAAAGGCUCAAGCAGGAAGAGUUGGAGCCUGUGGAGAAAGACUCCAGCAGAGGAAUCAAUGCCCUUAAAGUAGGGAUGUGUGGGUUACCAGACAUAGAAGACCUUUCUUACAAGACGGCAAAGGAAUCUCCUUCAUCUAGGACGUCACAAAUGAACUUACAUACAAAAUCAACAGUAACGAGCACUGCCGCUUCGUCGAUCCAAACAGCAGGCAGACCACCUGAAAACUGGGAAAAGGUGCUCGUGGGUAUUCAAAAAAUGACAUCUUCAGAAGAAGCAAAAGUUGACCCUAUAAAUUGUGAUCGAACCGGAAGCUUUCUACCUCCCAGGGAAAGGCGAUUUUACGUCCUCAUAGGAACACUUCUUUCAAGUCAGACCAAAGAUCGCGUAACUGCUGCGGCAGUAGAACGUCUUCGUCAAAAUGGCCUUCUCACUCCCGAAGCCGUUGAUAAAGCCGAUGAAUCAACCAUAAAGGAAUUGAUCUACCCGGUCGGGUUCUAUACUAGAAAGGCUACUAAUGUGAAGAAGGUUGCAGAAAUUUGUCUAACGAAAUAUGACGGUGACAUUCCAAGCUCUUUGGAAGAACUACUCUCACUUCCAGGAGUUGGUCCUAAGAUUGCUCAUCUGGUUUUGCAUAUAGCAUGGAAUGAUGUUCAAGGGAUAUGUGUAGACACUCAUGUGCAUCGCAUUUGCAAUCGACUUGGCUGGGUGUCUAAACCAGGAACAAACCAGAAAACGUCGUCCCCUGAGGAAACUAGAGUAGCUCUGCAACAAUGGCUUCCAAAAGAAGAAUGGGUCGCUAUCAACUUUCUUUUGGUCGGUUUUGGACAAACGAUAUGCACACCGCUAAGACCACACUGUGGAACUUGUAGUAUCAGUGAGCUUUGCCCUUCCGCCUUCAAGGAAACCCCAAGCUCAUCUUCCAAAUCGAAGAAAUCUAUCAGAAGCAAGAAGCUUUAAUUGCCUUGGCUCUUGGUUCUCCAUUUUCUAACCCAUUUUGGUGAUUAGUUCGCUGUAAAGGAUAAAUUGUACUUGGGGGCUGAGAUUACUGAAAAUUGUAAAUCUGAUACUACUAAUUUCUCUAUUUUUGUUAGCAACUAGUAAAAUGUUUUAGUUUAUAGCAACUGAUAUUCUUUGUUCAAAGAUUAUCAACAAAUGAAUUUUGAAGACCCUUAGUGAUGGCUGAUGGGUUAAAUUGGG